UCCAGUACUUUGCAGCAAUUGCGGUCACUGGGGAGAAGAGGAAGGCGCAGCGGCCGGGCAAGAUGCAGGGGACGUUCCUUCGCAUUCACUUUGCAGCCACAGGAAAGCUGGUGUCAGCGGACAGUGAAACCUAUCUCUUAGAAAAAUCCAGGGUGGCAUUUCAGUUAUCCCAUGAGAGAGGCUAUCAUAUUUUUUACCAAAUCAUGUCAAACAAGAAGCCGGAACUUAUGGACCUGCUUCUCAUUUCAACCAACCCCUUUGACUUCCCCUUUGUGAGCCAAGGAGAGGUCACCGUGGCCAGUAUUGAUGACAGUGAGGAACUGUUGGCCACUGAUACAGGUAUAAUGAAGGAAGGAACCCCUCUGGCCCUCCAGGAGUUGCCUGGGAACCUAGUCUGCGAAAUACUUAUACAUCAAGAGAUGGCUCUGAGCUGGAAUUCUACAAAAGAAGAGUAGAGCAACCCAGUACAGCUUUAUACCCCCUCAGCCACAGGAGGAGAAUGGCUGCAGGCUACUGAAAGCCAGCAGCAUUGACAAAUAAACUCCCCCCAGCCUU